CAGGCUGUGCUCCGAGUCCAGGCUACAGGUGUUGCCUCCCUGCAUCCCAGAUGGAUUUCAGUGGUCGAAGUUUUCACAGAAGUCUGAGUUCCUCCUCACAAGAUCCAGCACUCAGCAUGAGUGGCUCGCUGUAUAGGAAGGGGACCGUGCAGCGUCUAGGGGCUGCACCCAGUGUCUAUGGUGGGGCUGGAGGCCACGGCACUCGCAUCUCCAAAGCCGUAGUGAGCUAUGGGGGCGAUCUCUCCAACGGAGUGGACCUGUUUGGGGGCAAUGGGAAACUGGCAAUGCAGAACCUCAACGAUAGAUUGGCAAACUACCUAGAAAAAGUGCGCUCCCUGGAGCAAUCCAAUUCCAGACUUGAAGUCCAGAUCAAGCAGUGGUAUGAUACCAACGCGCCGAGCACCAUCCGGGACUAUAGCUCCUACUACACACAGAUCAUGGAGCUGCAAAAACAGGUUAAGGAUGCUCAAGUACAAAAUGCCCAGUGUGUCCUGCGAAUUGACAAUGCUAAGCUGGCUGCAGAGGACUUCAGAUUGAAGUUUGAGACUGAGAGGGGAAUGCGUGUAACUGUGGAAGCUGAUCUCCAAAGCCUGAGCAAAGUCUAUGAUAAUCUGACCCUUCAAAGGACAGACUUGGAAAUUCAGAUUGAAGAACUGAACAAGGACCUGGCCCUCCUCAAGAAGGAACAUCAAGAGGAAGUUGAGGUCCUUCGCCGACAGCUGGGCAACAAUGUCAACGUGGAGGUGGAUGCUGCCCCAGGCCUGAACCUGGGAGAGAUCAUGAAUGAGAUGAGACAGAAAUAUGAAGUCCUGGCCCAGAAGAACCUGCAAGAGGCCAAAGAACAGUUUGAGAGACAGAGUCAAGCUCUGCAGCAAGAAGUCACAGUGAACAUGGAGGAGCUGAAAGGAUUCGAGGUUCAAGUCACGGAGCUGAGACGCACCUACCAGACCCUGGAGAUAGAGCUGCAGUCCCACCUCAGCAUGAAAGAAUCUCUGGAGCGUAGCCUGGAGGACGUCAAGGCUCGUUAUGCCAGUCAGUUGGCAGUCAUCCAGGAGAUGCUGAGCUCCCUGGAGGCCCAACUGAUGCAGAUCAGGAGUGACACUGAACGCCAGAACCAAGAACACAACGUCCUUCUUGACAUCAAGACCCGGCUUGAGCAGGAGAUCGCCACCUACCGCCGCCUUCUGGAAGGAGAGGAUAUAAAAACUACAGAGUACCAGCUGAGCACUUUGGAAACGAAGGAUAUCAAGAAAACCAGGAAGAUUAAGACAGUCGUGGAGGAAGUGGUAGAUGGCAAGGUCGUGUCCUCUGAAGUCAAGGAGAUAGAAGAAAGUGUCUAACCAGCUGUCAACAGGGGAGGCUGCUCCAGCUGUGGCUGUCCGGAAACAACAUCAACACUGUGUAGUGGCUUUAAAGUGUGUGUGGGGGGGGGGGAGUCUACUUAUCAGGCUGUGUAAUUAAAUAUAAAUGUUUCACUCCUGGGAGCUGUAAAGGGCAAGAUUAAAGUUAGCACUGUCAUCCUCGUUGUAAGACACAUCCAUCACAGGCCAGUUCAGGUAGAGUAAAGCUCUGGAGGAGCUCAAGCAAAUAGCAAAUAAACCUCUCUCUUUUGGGGUCUUGUUUUUCUUGUUUCUGAAUUGCUAAAAGCCCCCUUUCGGGAACAUGGGUUCUCCAGGGAGGCAACUUCCCAGUUCAUCUUAUUGUCUCCUUUAAGCUGCCUUUGCCUUUCCUGAUAUCUCCGCUGCCUCUCAAAACUCAACUUAGUCUUUGAAUAAUUUAAAACAAACUCCAAUCACAAAUGCUGAGGAGAAUAAGAACAAAAGGUGAUUGACAUGGGGCUCAGUUAAGAACAAAACUAGCCUGGAGGUGGAAUGUGUCUUCUUCUCAUAAUAAACUGCUUAAAAGUCGCUUUAUUUGGUGAAUCUGGAGUAU